AUGGAAUCGAAUAAUCAAGAAGGUCGAAUACUUUUAGCUAUCGAAGCUAUCAAUAAAGACCAAAAAUUAAGCAUUCGGAAGGCUGCUAAGCUAUAUAAUAUCCCGCAUACAAAGAUUCAGCGCAGAAUAGACGGUACUACCCCUCGUAUCGAAUCUCGAGCAAAUAGUCAUAAUUUGACCAAAUUAGAAGAGGAAGUGCUUAUCCAGUAUAUAAUCGAUAUGGAUGAGAGAGGAUUGGUAUCGAAUAUGCAGGCGAAAUAUGGUAUUGUCGAUUCUGAUUUCUACAAUUUCGACGAAACUGGCUUCAUGAUGGGUAUAAUAUGCCCUGGAAUGGUUGUAACUAGUGCUGAACGAAAUGGCAGAAGCAAGGCAAUACAACUAGGCAAUCGAGAGUGGGCUACAGCAAUUAUAUGUGGCAAUGGAGAGGGUGAAACUAUACCUCCAUUUCUGGUAGUUCAAGGACAAGUUCAUCUUUCCAAUUGGUAUACCGAAACCGAUUUUCCUGUGGAUUGGGCUAUUAAACCUACUUCUAAUGGAUGGACGAAUAAUGAGACAGGCCUAGAAUGGUUAAAGCAUUUCGAUAAACAUACUAUUCGUCAAAGAAAGGGCAAAUAUCGAAUGCUAGUAUUGGAUGGGCACGAAAGCUACGAAUCAAUACCUUUUCAAUCAUAUUGCAAAUCAAAUGAUAUUAUAUGCCUCAAAUUACCACCACAUUCAAGUCAUUUAACUCAACCACUUGAUGUUGGAUGUUUCGGUGUACUUAAACGUUCAUAUAGUUCUCAAAUUGAGGAGUUUAUCAAGGCAUAUAUCAAUCAUAUCACUAAAGUUGAAUUCUUUAUAGCUUUCAAAGCUAUUCGUACUUCUACCCCUCUAUUUACCUCCUUGGAACUUACCAACUCCUGGAUCUCUCAAACCCCUCAUAAUCCAACUGAGGCUCUCUUACAAUCAACUCUAGUAAAAGCUCGAAUAACUCGUCAUCAAUCAAGCUCUCCUACACCUAUAUUUGAGACUGUACAAGCUUUAGUUAAAGGUACAGAGAGAUUAGCAUAUGAAGUUACACUUUUGAGUGCUGAGAAUCGUAUGCUUCGAAGAGCAAAUAAGGUAUUAAGUAAACGUCGACGCGCUAAAAAAAUUCAACUACGUAAUGGAGGAGUACUUACUGGACAAGAAGCUGAAGAUAUAUUAUCACAAUAA